UCCAAGGCCGUGGUCUGGCCACGUUAUUGGUACGUCCUACAGGACAAGGAAGACAAAGAACUUGUAUGGCUUUGAGACAGGACGUGCGAUGUACACCUAAAAAAAAAAUGGACUGCAAGAAACUCAAAUGGGUUAUGUCCCUUGUUUUGGGUAUGGGAUUACUACAAGAUACAGCUGCUGUCGUUAGUCUCACUGGCCUGCCUGGAACAGUUGAGCUGGAAGAGAACAGUCCCGCCAGCACGAAAGUCUUCACCUUCGAAGUGUCCUUCUCACCCGGAGCCUCAGUGGCGUCUGGGUACCCCCAAAUCCUGAACACAAACCCCCUCACCAGGGCUUUCAUUGUGUCCAUGGUCAGCGCAAGCACAGCUCAGGUAACUGUCACAGGAACCCCGAGGCUGGAUUUCGAGAUGGCCCCCAACAGCUUUGUUUUACAGAUCCUCGUGGUGGACAGUGCAGGAGACGCUGUCCUUGGGACACUGACUGUCCUCCUCAUAGACGUGGAUGAAGCCCCCGUCUUUCUAGAUGAAGACUCAGUCAUCUAUACGCUGGAGAAGUCUCCACCAGGAGUGAUAUAUCAGCCAAGCGUGUCUGACCCUGAGAACAAACCCCUUACCUAUGCUCUGACUCCUUCAAAUCCAGCAUUCAGUGUUGACAGAGACAAAGGAUCCCUCAUUACAAAGCCCAUAGAUUAUGAAACUGACCCCAGGAGUUAUAGCUUCAACCUUACUGUGAGCGAUGGAACACAUACUGCAGUCAGAACACUGACAGUCCUUAUCAUCAAUGCAAACGAUGACAAGCCUCAGUUCUUAAACAAAAUCACAGCGUUUACCAUUCCAGAGGAGCUGAAUCCGGGGCACAUCCUCACCAACAUUACUGCAGUGGUCCCCAGUGACACGUUUUACAUUGGGUACAUCCUCUACACGAUCAGCACCAACAGUUACCUCGUCAUCCAUACAUACUCAGGUGUUGUCACCAUCGCCAACAGAAUGGACCGUGACAGCAAUCCCCUGCGGGACGAUCCCACCGUAACUGUGACUGUGACGGCCACGUACAGCCCCCCCGGACCCCCCCUUUCCCACUCCAUCGAGCUCACCGUCACCGUCACAGACAUCAAUGACAACCCUCCCAUCUGUUCUCCUGACGUCCAGAGGCGGGCAGUGACAGAGACGGAGGCCUUGGGGGCCCUAAUCACCAUGGUGACAUGCCAGGAUAACGAUGUGGACCCCGUGUUCAGGAAGUACAGUUUCACUAGGCUUUCCUGCCUCGGAUGCAACCAGCUCUUCACCCUGAGCCCCGCGGGGUCCAUCACGUUGAAUGGGAGCCUGGACUUUGAGGAUCCUAAUAAUCUUUACGCUGGAAAUCAAUACAGCCUUUUAGUGGAGGCUGCUGACGUGAAUGACACUUUCCUGACAGGUAAUGCCUACAUUGAUGUGACGGUGACCCCAGUGAAUGAAUACCCCCCUGUGUUCACUCCUUCAUCCUACUUCUACAAGAUCUCCGAGCUUCUGGGAAGAGGGGCAGUGAUUGGUCAGGUGAACGCUACCGACAGGGACUUCCCCGCUACGGGCAUAACUUACUCCUUCAUCUCUGGCGGGGGCACCAGCGACCUGAGCAACAUUUUCCACCUGGACCCCGAGCACGGGACCAUCAGCCUGCUCACGCGACCGGACUACGAGGCCACCCAGACCUACCAGCUUGUCAUCCGAGCGGUGGACGGAGAUCCCGUUAAGCCCCUCUCAGCAACAGCCAUGGUCAUUGUCAACAUCACUGAGGCAAAUGACGAGCCUCCUGUAUGUGGACCCAAUAACACCAACCUCAUAGUCCCUGUGGACCUCCGCCCAGGGUCCAAUGUGCAGAGCUUCAUCCUCACCUGUACGGACAAGGAUUCCCCUCCAACCUCCUUCAUCUACACCAUCUCAGGAGCCAGCAAUCUCAACGGCCACUUUGUGUUCUCCCCUGCGGCGGGAACCAACGUGACCCGGCUCAUCCUGAAGGAGCCCUUUGACUUCAGCGGUGGCCGGGACACGGUGUGGAAGUACCGGCUGACUGUCCUCGUCUCGGACGCAAACCUGAUGGCCGGGGAGCCCCCGCCCAGGGACCAGCCCCAAACCGGCACGGUCGUCAUCAACGUCCAGGUGUUCGACCCUGACCUCACCACCACCAUCACCACCACGACAACUCCUCGGAUCACGUACAUCGCCGUAAGGGAGAACACGUUUGACGUGGAUGACUGGUAUGUGACCUUCAUCUGCGUCCUGGCUGCCUUGCUGCUGCUGGGCAUUCUGGGAUACCUGCUCUACCUGUGCUGGAAGUAUCUCUCCACCGUAGACUGCAGCUGCUGUGAGCCCCAGCCCGUGGAGGAUAAGGAGACCCUUGUCCCAAGUGUCCCAGAGAAAGCACCAAUCCAGAGAGAAAUCAUAACGGAGAUUACAAAGAUCUGCACUGUGUUUGAUGGGGAAGCAGCAGAUCCAGUAACAGGGAGGAUCUACGAGUACAACACUAAGUCUGGAGCCAGGAGGUGGAAGGACGACACCACCGAGUCCAAGCCAGAGAUACAGCUGAAGAGCAGCACGGUGGUCAGCCCCGAGGAGAGAGCCAAUCCAGACUCAACAUCAGAUACCGCCCAAUUACAGACCACACGUGGGACAGUGAGGUCAGGCACUGGCCAGUCACAGCAGAGGAGCGACACGAAUCAGUCCAACCAUGGCUCACCACAGCCCAAUCCAAGAUCCCAAAGUAGACAGCAGUCUUCACAAUCAACAACAAGACCCAGGUCAAGGGAUAUCCCCAUGGCAACACUGGAAGCAGUAGACCUAUCAGAAGUUUAGGGCUGUAUCACCCACCAUCAUAUUCAUAGUAAGAUAAAUAGAGGAUUAAUUUAACCAACCUUUCAUAUGUGCCUUGAAAAACAUGCCAAUAGAGCAAAGUAGUUUUAAGUAAAAUAGAGGCUAGAAAAAGUUUUAUAUUUGAGAAGGCUGAUCAGUGAUAACUACCAGUGGAAUUCUAGCUCGAUAACAAGCAUAUUUUUCUAGCAUAUAAAUGUUAGACUUUAUCUAAUGUAUUAAUGUCAUUAAUGUAAUUAGUAUAAUUUGAUUUGAACAGCUAGUUACUGAUAUUCAAUCAUAUUCUUUCAGAUCUGUGGGUUUAGUAAAUUAAAUAAGUAAAAAUCAAAAGCCAGUGGUUGUAUGGAAAUCCAGCAGCGGCAGACUGUGAUACAUUGCUUUUCUUGUGAGCCACACCUCAGUGUACUUUGGUAGUACCAUCCCAUGCUGAGAUAGCAAACCGACGCAUCAACAGCCUUCACACCCCAUGGCUCUUGUUUGAAGUGUUGCCGGGAGCUAUGCACUGUUGACUUCGCAAACUGAGAGUCUCGUCACAAGUGAGAGAUUGCUUUAACCAUCCGUGCCCUUCCAGUAUGAGGAAAUCGUGCGCCAGAUAACAUAUAAUUUCACACUACGUAAAAACACUGAUGUAACCCCACCAUGCCAAGCAGCUGCCCACAGAAACCGGGUCCACCGGCUAAUAAAGGUAUCAAUAUAUACGUACAUUUCCACUACAAUGUUGCAAGGAAAUUUGCUACACAAUUUUACAUAAUGCUUUGCCAGGAAAAGUCCUGUCAUGCAUUUCAACAGUCACAGAUCAGACUAGGCCACAACAAACUGAUUGAGAAAACAGAUCUGGGACUAAGUCUAAUUAUGCAUUCGGUACUGGGUUCAUUAAU